AAUGAAGAUCUAAACUACGACAAUGUAUAGAAUACCUCGAAAUCUGCUCUGUAAGCGGGUAUCUAGUAGUUGGAAGCAUGCUAGAACCAUUCACACCAACCCACCAGUGGCAGGAAGGACUCCAUGGACUUUAAUUGCCGCUGGAUCACUCGCAAUCGGAUCUGUCGUAGCUUAUAGCACCUAUUCAUACACAAGAGCUAAAACGUUGGAAAAUCUUCCAGAAGAUGCAUUCCCAACUAGUUCAAGUACCCCAUUAUCAAAGAUUUCCCCUCCAGUGUAUGCUACGAAUGAAGAGCUUUCACAGGCGAUCAAGGAAAUUGAGAAAUGUCUUCCCAUUGGGAGUGUGAAAUCAUCAAAAGUUGAGCUUGAUGCUCAUACAGACAAUGGAUUCAACACUCAUAAACCUUUACCAGGACAAACACCACUGUAUAUAGUGUACCCGAAUUCCACCGAGGAAGUGUCUCAAGUGAUGAAAGUUGUCCAUAAAUAUAAUGUUCCCGUGGUGCCAUAUUGUGGAGGUACUUCAUUGGAAGGUCAUUUUUUUUCAACUCGUCAACCAUGUAUAGUGCUUGAUACCUCUAAAAUGAACAAGGUUUUGGCCGUACAUGAAGAUGAUUUGGAUUGUGUGGUUCAAGCGGGAGUCAAUUGGGUUGAAUUGAAUGAUCAAUUACAAGGUGCUGGGCUUAUCAUGGGGUGUGAUUGCGGGCCAAAUGCCAAGAUAAGUGGGAUGGUCAAUACCAAUGCUCUGGGGAUCAAUGCUACCAUGUAUGGAGCAAUGAUCCAUAAUGUGAUUUCUGUCACUGCUGUGUUGGCAGAUGGUACGAUUGUAAAGACGAAACAACGUCCAAGAAAGUCAAGUGCAGGUUACAACUUGACACACUUGUUUAUUGGUAGUGAAGGGACCUUGGGGAUAAUUACCGAAGCUACGGUUAAGCUUCAUGUUAAGCCCAAGUAUGAAAGAGUUAUUGUUGGACAAUUCCCAACCAUUCUUGAUUCAACCAAUGCUGUGACUCAAUUGUUCCAACAGGGAAUUCAACCUUCAGCAAUUGAACUUCUCGAUAAACAUUCGAUGCAUUGUAUUAAUUAUAGUGGAUAUACCACCAAAGAAUGGCUUGAAGUUCCUACUCUUUUUUUCAAACUUGGAGGAAUCAAUGAACAAGUUGUAGAUGAAUAUUCAAAGGAAUUAGAAAGGAUUUCCUUGGAGAAUAAUUGUCUGGCCCUUGUCAUUGCCAAAGAUAAGGAAGAAGGAGAAGAACUUUUCAGUGCUCGUAAAAACAUUUUUUAUUCACUUCUUGAAUAUGGUAAGAAUGAAAUUCAUGAAGAUGUUUCACUUUGGGUCACUGAUAUAGCUGUACCACUUUCGAAACUUUCACCAGUUCUUGAAGAUGUUCAUAAACUUAUUGUUAAUUCUGGACUUCAAUAUAUUAUUGUUGGACAUGUUGGAGAUGGGAAUUUCCAUGCAGAUUUAUAUUAUCGACCCGAUGAAAAGGAGAAAUGUGAACGGGUUGUGAAUCAAAUGAUGGAACUUGGACUUCUGAAUGAAGGGACUUCCAGUGGAGAACAUGGGAUUGGGAAUGGUAAGCGUCAUUUUCUUGAAAUGGAACUUGGAGAAGAUACAAUUAAUUUAAUGAGAAAGCUCAAAUUUGCCAUGGAUCCGAAAAGAUUACUUAAUCCAGAUAAGAUAUUUAAGAUUGAUCCAGAAGAUAAAAGUAAUUAUUAGAUAGAUAUAGAAUAAUAAUAAUAAAAAUUUGCACCCAAAA